GAAGUGGACGACUGAGUUCAGCAGCAGCAGUGAAGACCUGUCAAAAAUGAUUCUUCAGAUGAUAAUUAUCUUUAUUAAAGUAUUGUCCAUAACAGCAAGCGAAGUAAACUGUGACUCUCCGUUAAGAGGCAAGGAAACAUUCUUCAACGUACCCUCAGAGAAUAAUUUCUGUCUCUGGUAUAAGAUGGAUGAGAAGUACACUCAGCUGAACUUCACAUACAGAACCAAUGUCUGGGAUUCUGAACUACCACCUGUCAUCAACUAUAGUGGUGUUCGGUCCAAUACGGAGGAAUAUAUAAGUAUUACUUCUGAUGACAUAUUGACACAACUGAAGGAAACCUCACAAAACAUCCGUCAGAUCAACAGUGUGACCAUCACUGGCAACGCCACUAUGGAAUGGAUCAAGUGCAAGAAUUGUCAAAGUUUUCCUGCCAUCACCAACAUAGCAACUGUAGCACCUCUAGCAACAUACCAAUUCACCCCUGGCACCACUAACAACAUAGCAACAGUGGUGUUGUUGGUGGUUGUUGUGGUGUUGAUGGUGACACUGGCAGUCACCACAGUCUACAUACGUCAUCUCAAGAAGAAGUCAUCUCAAAGUGGCUCGCUGUCACAAGGGGAAGCAGUGCCAAUGUCGACUGUCGGACAGGAAGAACACAUAUACGAGGAGUGGACCGGUGGGCAGCUUCGACCCCCUUCUCCUACCUACAUCACAGUGUACAACUCAUACGAUGACACAAUGAACACAACAGAACAAGAGAGACCGAGCGAUUGGAUUUCUCCCCAAAUCCAAGAUGGCCUCUCGCACGACAUUGAUAAGACGACAGCACAGCAGAUGCAACCCUCCGGCCGUAGUUCUAACCACGACAUUGAGAAUGACUCUACCUGAACAUGAGGAACAUGACACCACCGUCUGUUUCAUCCACCAGAGGAAGAACAAACUAACAUAACAGAUGGGACAAUCACCCAGUAUCAAUACUGCACAAAUAUAACUUUCUGUCUUAUAUAACAUCAGACAGUAUACCAUCAUGCAACAAAAGUAUUCCCUCUAGUUCAACUAGCAACCAACACAUCAUGCAACUAGAAAAUACUAGACAUAGUUUAUUACAGGAAAGAAAGUUAGGUGACCUAGAAUAGGUUUAUCUAGGCACAGGUGCACAUAAGUACAAUUAUGAUACAUAGUGUAAGUUACCUAGAACGACCACAAGUAACUAACAACUAACAAUGAUCCGACAUAGUGUAAGUUACGUAGAACGACCACAACUAACUAACAACUAACAAUGAUCCGACAUAGUGUAAGUUACCUAGAACGACCACAACUAACUAACAACUAACAAUGAUCCGACAUAGUGUAAGUUACCUAGAACGACCACAACUAACUAAUAACUAACAAUGAUCCGACAUAGUGUAAGUUACCUAGAACGACCACAAACUAACUAAUAACUAACAAUGAUCCGACAUAGUGUAAGUUACCUAGAACGACCACAACUAACUAAUAACUAACAAUGAUCCGACAUAGUGUAAGUUACCUAGAACGACCACAACUAACUAAUAACUAACAAUGAUCCGACAUAGUGUAAGUUACCUAGAACGACCACAACUAACUAAUAACUAACAAUGAUCCGACAUAGUGUAAGUUACCUAGAACGACCACAACUAACUAACAACUAACAAUGAUCCAACAAAUUUAACUAAAGCUUCUCAAGAUAACAGAAAUAAAUGACGACCACAAUAUUUCUCCCGGAGGAUAAUUAUCAACAUCAACUGCAUCAAUAUUUCUCUCAGAGGAUAAUUAUCAACAUCAACUGCAUCAAUAUUUCUCCCAGAGGAUAAUUAUCAACAUCAACUGCAUCAAUAUUUCUCCCAGAGGAUAAUUAUCAACAUCAACUGCAUCAAUAUUUCUCCCAGAGGAUAAUUAUCAACAUCAACUACAUCAAUAUUUCUCCCGGAGGAUAAUUAUCAACAUCAACUGCAUCAAUAUUUCUCCCGGAGGAUAAUUAUCAACAUCAACUGCAUCAAUAUUUCUCUCGGAGGAUAAUUAUCAACAUCAACUACAUCAAUAUUUCUCUCGGAGGAUAAUUAUCAACAUCAACUACAUCAAUAUUUCUCCCGGAGGAUAAUUAUCAACAUCAACUACAUCAAUAUUUCUCUCGGAGGAUAAUUAUCAACAUCAACUACAUCAAUAUUUCUCCCGGAGGAUAAUUAUCAACAUCAACUACAUCAAUAUUUCUCCCGGAGGAUAAUUAUCAACAUCAACUGCAUCAAUAUUUCUCCCGGAGGAUAAUUAUCAACAUCAAUUGCAUCAAUAUUUCUCCCGGAGGAUAACAAAGAUAUUGAUGUCCAGCAGAAUAAACUUAGUAAUAUUAACUGUGAAUAUUAUGUGCAUGGUACUGUAACUUAUUAUGUACAUGGUACUGUAACUUAUUAUGUACAUGGUACUGUAACUUAUUAUGUACGUGGUACUGUAACCUAUUAUGUGUAUGGUACUGUAACUUAUUAUGUGCAUGGUCCUGUAACUUAUUAUGUGCAUGGUACUCUAACUUAUUAUGUGUAUGGUACUGUAACUUAUUAUGUGCAUGGUACUGUAACUUAUUAUGUACAUGGUACUGUAACUUAUUAUGUGCAUGGUACUGUAACUUAUUAUGUGCAUGGUACUGUAACUUAUUAUGUACAUGGUACUGUAACUUAUUAUGUGCAUGGUACUCUAACCUAUUAUGUGUAUGGUACUGUAACUUAUUAUGUGCAUGGUCCUGUAACUUAUUAUGUACAUGGUACUGUAACUUAUUAUGUACAUGGUACUGUAACUUAUUAUGUACAUGGUACUGUAACUUAUUAUGUGCAUGGUACUGUAACUUAUUAUGUACAUGGUACUGUAACUUAUGUGCAUGGUACUCUAACUUAUUAUGUACAUGGUACUGUAACUUAUUAUGUACGUGGUACUGUAUCUUAUUAUGUGCAUGGUACUGUAACUUAUUAUGUGCAUGGUACUGUAACUUAUUAUGUACAUGGUACUGUAACUUAUUAUGUGCAUGGUACUGUAACUUAUUAUGUGCAUGGUACUGUAACUUAUUAUGUGCAUGGUACUAUAACUUAUUAUGUGCAUGGUACUGUAAGUUAUUAUGUACAUGGUACUGUAACUUAUUAUGUACAUGGUACUGUAACUUAUUAUGUACAUGGUACUGUAACUUAUUAAGUACGUGGUAUUGUUGUGAUGCAGUUCAGAUGGGCUUGUGAGGUCUCUAGGGAGACCUAAUUAUAUGGUCACACCUGCCUUAGCAAAUGUCGGGUAGUCACGCCCACGUCUGAGGUCUUUUGUUCUUAACGGCGUCAGACCUCGGCGUCAGGUCGUAACACGUGGUACAUACACCAUUGGGGAGGGGGUACUUUGACUACGAUAUAAGCCCAGGGAACAGCGGAGCAAAGAGGUUGUUGGUGACAGGUCCGGGGAGCGAGAGCUCUGGACAGCCGCAUGUGUAGUGGACCACGCAUUGGGAAUCUCGGGUCAGCUGGUCGGUGAAUUAAGAGUGAGUACUAGUCCGUGUUACUGAUAACAUCUACCCUUCCCCCUGGUAAUAAGUCUCAUAGGUCAAUUGUUAUAUUGUGUAAAUUUCCAUCAGGAGAUGUUGUAUUCUAGCCCUUUUAUGUUAUUAAGUAAACUAUAGCCAUAGUUCCCAUUUUUAUUUGUACCUUCAUAUGCUAUUCCCUAUUCUGUUAAGCACUGGGAUAUACAGGCACUGGGAUAUACAGGAGACGUGCUCACUCGCUGGGAUACCUCAGGUAGAGUGGGUAGAGGUCUCAUAUGGUGGCAGCGGUUUAGCGUUUAUCAUUAAACGCGGCUCACGUGCUUUACGACUGGUCGGUUUUUGCUAUCAAAACCAAAUAUUAAUUUCUUUGUGUCGCCUAUCAUUUGUUUUACCGUUCACUGUGACCGUAACCUUAAGAAUAAACCAGGACAAUCCUACUCUUAUGGUUGUCAGGUGGGUGAUGACCAAAUAUAAUUUGCGUAGCAAGACGUUAAAU